AUGAUAAUUAUGUUUACAUUUUUGCAAAGCAAAGGUAAUGAAUAAUCUUACAUAUUUAUCAUUCCAAUUAUAUUUUCAAGACUUACUUAAUGCAAUUGA